AUGGAAGACAUUCUAGACAUGGUAGAUAUGCACUCAGCCACACGACUCCCAAGCUUGCCCGGAGGCCAAGCCCCUGAUUUGCAUGGUUACGAACGAAGGAAAAACAACGGCUUCAAGUUCUUGCCGGGCAAAUUGUACAGACAAACCGACAGGGCCAUCAAUCAAGGAUCAAUAUUUCAAGCUGGUAGGUACGGGCGUCUCUCCGCCGCCGAAUGUGACGACCAUCAGUCACGUGACUACUGGUUCCCCGAGGCUAUGCGGCGUGGAAUGUCUCAAAGUUUCUGUGUGUGGUUCUUUCUUGUUGAACCCCGGCUCCAGUCAGUGUUUGUUGUACGCCGGAAACCACUCGAGCACAGUCGUGCAAGGCCCGAUAGGCGUGAAGUACUUCGUGAAGUAUAAAAAUACAGUUUAAAAACAGACCGAGUUACGGAUGACCCCGAGGGGUGGGGAAUUGUUUGAACUAUACA